GCGUCAAAAAUGUAUACUAAUCAACAGCAUGUUGUUGAAAAGCGGGGCGGAAAAUGGUGGAAAACCCUUGCGGAAAAAUUGUUAAAAUAACGCAGAUUCGAGCAAGUCAUAAUAUAUUGGAUGGGAAGACGGCUGAACAAGGGUGAAGCACAGGUGACGUGUCACCCACAGUGCCACCAAUACUAUACGUGUCUAGCCAUGCUGGGUGUCAUCAUCUUCGACCGUCUGAACGACGUCAUGUUCUCUCACGGGGACGAGAAGUUUGAGGAGCACAUCCGGUGCAUGGCGGCGCGAAAUGGCCUCUUCUACCCGGCCUAUUCGGACACGAUGCCGGAGACGCGUGGGGAGCGCGCGGACGUGCUGCUGCAGUUGUUCUCGCCGUUCCUGGCGUCCCAGCGCAUCAUGGCCAUGGAGUUCCGCGACCCCUACUCGGAGGUCGAGUGCGAGGACGGACUCGUCAUGGUCUUCCACGAGUACCUGACAUACCAGUGCCUGUGCCUGUCUCGUCACUCGACCCUCUCGCCCCGAAAGUACGUCUCUGCCGCCGUCAGCCUGGCCAAGCUGCUCUGUGGCCCCGUGCUCAGCAGGCUAAAGUCGGGAGACGGCUCACUGUCACAGAUGCUGAGCGCCAUGCUGAUGUCAUACUGUCAGCUGCAGCGCUCCAACCAGGCCUACCACGUGGAGGCGGUGGAGAGACUCAUCAUCGGCGACCAGGUCCAGAACAAGAUGGUCUCGGUGCUACAGCGUGUGGUGGCCAGUCUGCCGUCCGGCUCGCGCUCCCACGCCUUCCUCACCGUGGAGGGUACCCUGGUGAGCCUGUACUCAGGUCGUCACGUGGCCGAACUCUCCCCGGCGGCAGUACUCAGUCUGCUGGUACUGGUCCACGCCGUGUCACCGCGAGGAGGAGCCGCCGGCACAGACUCGAGCGGUGACCCUGAGGUCAGCAGUGGCGGCGGGCCCGCCUCCGACCCGGACGGAGGGGGCGGAGGACGGGCCGACUCCCAGGUGCACGAGGAGCUGUGUUUCCUGUCUGCCAGCCGGUCACCCCUGUCACCGUACCUGGUGUACGUGGUCCACAUCUGGUCGGGCACGGCACUGGUUAUCGUCAGUGAUCUGUGCAUGACGGACGUAUCUGGCGGCCUGUGUGAGGCCAUCGAGAGCCUGGCGCGUUACCAGCAGGCGGUGACGCCGUUCCAGCGGGACCAGGUGUACGCCCACCUCAAACACGGGCUGAUGGCGCUCUUCUCGUGUGCCAAACAGAUCAGGCACUCGCCUGAGGUCCGCUCUCUGCUCUCCCGACUGCAGAGCCAGUGGGACCAGCUGCGCCGUCUCCGGGUGGACGCGGCGCUGUGCAGCGGCCGGCCCGUGCCGCCGCCCGUCGACCAGGGCCUGGCCACGCUCUCCCGUACACUGGAGGCCGCCUUCGAGGCCGUGUGUCACGUGCUGCCGGAGCGGGUCACCCUGCCGGCCGGCCAGCUGCUGCAGCGAGCCGAGACCGUGCAGCGCGAGCUCAGUGACUAUCGGAGUUUCCUGCUGGCGCGCGCCGUCAGUAACGCCACGGUGGAGACACGCUCCCACCUCAACAUCAGCCGCUACCUGGACAAUUUUCCCGACCUCGUCCACUUUAUCUACGUGGACCGCAGCGUACACCUGAUGACGGCGCCCUCCACCCGGCCCCCCGACGGCCGACACGACCUCACCGACACGGUACGGAAAAUGAUUGACCUGGCGUACCAGUACCUGCGGGAGGGCCACAUGAGCAUCAUAUGGCGCGACCAGCGCUACAGCUACGGACACUUUCUCUGGUUCGAGGAUGCCAUGGGUAACCCUCAGAAGGCCCGGGAGAGUCCGCGCCGGCUGAAAGCGCUGUACGCUGACUGGCAGCCGGGCAUCCUGGCGCGAGACUACUUCAGCGCGCUGGUGGCCGUCUGUUUCCCGGAGGCGGCGCCCGAGGAGGUGCGCUGCUACCAGCUGUUCCUGGUUCACCGCGGACCCGUCCAGUCGGACCGCGUGCUCCAGCAGUCGCAGCAGAUCGCCAAAACCGUCUGGGAGGUGUCUGGAGCCGCCGCCACGCCGCUCGAUCUGCUAUAGACACGCUGCUACACAGCUAGAUAUCUACUAGAGACGCACCUUCCCCGGUAGAUCUUCGCUAGAGCCGCAGCUACACAGCUAGAUCUGUUCUAGAACCGCCGCCACGCCGCUCGACCUGCUCUAGAGACGCUGUUACACAGCUAGAUCUUCGCUAGAGCCGCAGCUACACAGCUAGAUCUUCGCUAGGGACGUCGCUGCUCCGCUAGAUACCUGCUGUGGGGCUACUUACAGGGAUACACCGCUGGAUAGCUGUUCUGAAGACAUCGUCGCGAAGGUGGAUGUCUGUAAGGGACGUCGCACUCCGCUUGUCCCGUUCAAGGGGCGUCAUUGUGUCACUAGAUCCUCUCCAGGGACGGUGCUUGGUUUUGUGUAGAGGCACUGCGUCGUCUUCAUAAUCGCCUGAUGUUAUGUGUGUUUUAGUUUAUUGUCGGAGGGCUAUUUUAAGCAGGCCUGCUGUGUGGCUCCUGUCCUCCAGACGUCCAGGCUGGGACUUCUCCGGAACUGUCGCCAGCUGGUUGCGGUCCCGUCCCUUAUCUGUCCUUUGUUGCCAUGUCUCCUGUCCCUACUCUCUCCCCCUCUCUCCUCUCUCCUCUGCCCGGUCGCCGACCCGACCUCCUCGGUUCCGUCCGCGGUUCGUUCAGAUCACCAGUCAGCCUUCUGAGCCGACUGAGCCGGCGGCCGAGCCGCCGCGGCUGGUUGGACUAUUUUUGACGUCAUUAUAGCUUUCCUGUAACGGCAAUUAUGGCAUUCCGUGGAUAGUUAGAGUAUAUAAGAAUAAUUUAUACAAUUACAGUGUUCUUGUAAAUGCUCUCGAUCAUUUCCUAGAUACAAUUGUAGGCUGCAAUUGGCGAUCGGGAAUAUUAUUAGAUGCAUAUGGCACGCGAAAUUACAUUAUUUGUAACUGGGUGCUCCUUACAGUAUAUUUAUAUUGCUAUCAUUACGAUCAUCCCACCCAACAUGUGCUGUGAGUUACUUGAUGCUAAAUGUCAAUCGCCUUCGUUUUCUCGGGAGGCCACAGUUGUGAAGCUUUGCGGGACCAAACGUCAUUUACAAGCGGCUGCAUGCCUUGUGCCAUGUCGUCCUUUUUAUAUUCGAUCGAUGAAGGUUCCCUUGGAGCCCCGCGUGGUGCUCUACCCACACCCAAUCACUGCUGUACGAAUCAGCCUGAUCCUGAGUACGUCUGCCUGAGUCUGCGGUCGUAUAUGCGUGAUUGGUUCGACAGUGCCUGUUGUUGCUAGCUCUACUGUAAUACACCCCAGGGUACCGACGGUGGGGUCAUAUCGAGCGUUAACUAAGCUCACCACCGCUGUAUUACGGCGUAAGAAAGGCGGAUGCGUAUGAGAGCCUUGUGAAUUUCCCCGGGGCCAGCGCCGUUGGGGAAAUGCUCGGCCCACGUGGACUGUGGUACCUACGUGGUGGUAUGUUUGUGUUUUCUAUUGAGAGACGGCGUGAUUGCUCUUGUCACGUCGCGUCUCGUCGCCCUCCACCCGGCCGAAAUCUGCUGUGUGUUGAGGAAUGGACUUAGGGAAAUGGCCUCCGCGGUGAUUCCUAGAGCGUGUGACGGUGUGAUGAUGUGCACUCAUAUAAAUACGUGGAGAGAUUGAGAUUACAUUUAUCGCAGCGAUGAAUUACGUCAAGUGUGCCCCCUGAUGUACGUCGUGCUAUUUUUAGUCCCAUUUGCCUGUGAUGAGAGUGGAUGCCUCAGAAAUGCGCAGUAAUGGUGAAGGUAUUCUGGGAUUACGAGUUGGAGGAAAUGUAUCAAUCAAAAGUAGAUCAGCGAAGUCAUUAAUGUGUGGUUGCAUUGAUGGAUAAAUGGGUUCAUUUUGUGCCAUUCCAUUAUGCAAACGGGUGGUGUGAUUUUGAAGUACACAUAAAGAGUCGACAAUAAUCGAAAAAUAAACGUAAUUAUAUCCUA